AUGCCAACGACACGUAGGUACGCGUGACUUAUGAAUCUGUAGAUUCAUACCAUGUUAGAGCCCCUUGUCCGCUUAGUUUUUGCCGUUACUGUGCGGAGUUGGUAAGGGAAGUAAUCCCUUCGGAAUCUAACCCCAAUUGUCUGGACGAAAAGCUAUACUGUCUCGGAGCUCAUUCAUUAAUCGCGACGCUUGUGGAUGUAUUCAGCUAUACUUGCGCGGCCCUUGUGAACUGUAGACUUCAGCUAAGUUCGAAUGUCUCCUUUCAGGACCUCGGUUAUGGUAUUCUGCCACGAUUUUAUGACACCGAAGCAUCUGAAGUGAGGCGUAAUCAAUAUCGGCAUAAAAUAUCAAUCUACUCUCACUCACCAAGCCAUGGGACAUUGAGUUGACUAAAGUGUUGUCACCUUUUAAGGGUGACAGCAUUUCAAAUUCCGUUAAGCGACUAUUGAGAUACUCCAUUGAAACAACAUAAAACGCAGCCGAACUCAUACUCACCAGUCCCACUAAGGCUAUCCCAAUUCCAUCGCCAAAGGUUGCCUUGCCAUUCCAAACCCUCUAAAAUCGUGUUUACGAAUUCACAUGCGCUUGUUGAUGCAAGUAAAUUUGGCGAACGCAAAGGCAAUUGGGAGCCAGGUCAGUUGAGCCCCUGUCUAAAUGGCUUCUAAAGCAGGAAAAUAUAAUUCCUUAUACUUUUAUCAUGAAGCACCUCCUAGAUAGCUGUCACUGUGUUGACCACAAAACAUGCUUCCGAGUCUUAGUUCGGGCACGAACAACUUGGAUAUUGUACUAUUUGGAGGCAACCUACAUGCGGCGGGAGAAACCCCACCUAUGCAGACAGUUGGACCACGUGGUCAACCUCAGCUUUUCCUGGCAAAUCUCAGUUCUUUGAUUUGCACACUCCUCCGCGUGCUAACUUCCCCAUUUUUCUUCCUAAGUUGUGUUUUUGGGAUACCAUUCUUAUUCGUUAGUUUGCGUGCAGUAAACGGUGACCUUGCUGUUUUAUAUUCACUUUCUCAGUGGGAGUUUAAAUCUCUGCAUUUUUCUCAUUCGGGAUCUCUGUUAUACAGCGACCCGCUGCAGUUGAUAAGCCGUCGCGGAAUUUGUUGGUUCCAAUGAAUUAUUUUCUGUAUGUUUGCUUCAAAAACAAAAUAACGGGCUGGAAAGAGGAGUAGGAGAAUAACUGGGCAACCAUGCACACAACCCAACGGGGGCGCAAGCGCCACCACCGGCAGGCGGCCGGGUGCCAGAGAGCUGCCAGCGCACACCAGGCUGCGAGGAUCAUCGUUUGCGAGUCAUGGCAUAGCAGACGUACACAAUCCUUAAAGCCCAGAAGGAGAGACGCAGUCCUGCAUUUGGCCUUGGCCAUCACACUUCAACGGCCGGAGAGGCAGUCAGUCAUUGACUGAGAGGCACUACCCAUAUACACACUCGUCACAUGCGUGAGAGUGCCAGAGGUCACGUUAAGAAGGAGCCGUUGCAGCCAGUCUGCCACUCCGCACGAAAGCAUGCAACUGGGCUGACCGUGUGAACUAAAUUGAGGCGUCAGUCGGCAACCUUAAAAGCCACGACGUUUGGCACACCAUGAUAGUCUCAGACUCGGAUCACACAUACAUCAGAGGAGCCACAUGAAGAGGGGACCUAGAAGCACACUCCCCAUUUAAGUGAGAGGUGUCUAUUUGGUGCUUGCGUUGUGAGGCGAUGGUUGAUGAGGAUGUGUGGUGCAGAUGCUGGUGGGCGAAGUUGUGAGAGUGUGGUAUGGCGAGUGGUGGUCUACAUCAGGUUUUAAUGAGUGCGCAUGUCACCCAAUAGGCUCGUGCGGUGGCUGAAUGUGCGAGGUCAGUUGAGGCGGAUGUGGCGAGUGUAUGUGAGUGCUCUAGGCACUGGUUUGCCAGUCUCUAUGCGAUGGAUUUACAAGUGGUCGACCAAGCCGAUGUGUGAGAUGGAGGUGCAACCGCAAUGAGGACAGGUGUGGACCGAGUCCACAUCACUUGUGUUGGGGGUGGUGAGGUCGAUGGUUAACGGUGCGUCAGAAUCGAGUGCAUUGGUAGUGGGGGCAGGAGCCGCUGCCACAGAGGUUGAGGUGGGGAAGAUGGUGGAGGAUGGCGAUGGGGCAUCAGGAGCACUGCUAGGGUUUAUUGUCCACGCGGGGGUCGGCACAGAGGUGGACGUGCAGUCGUCAUUCGGCGUCCUCCGGGUGCUGCAUUUGGUCCGAAGUUGUCCAUUAAGACCGAUUUGUGUCCGGAACGUUCGCUUACACCGUGAGCAUGUCGAGGAUGGUUGAGUGUUGACUUUACGAGGCGCAGACAGUUGAGAUUUGCGAGCUUCGCGUUUGGCUAUGGUGGCGGUUGGCUUCGUAGAUUGCUACUCUUGUCUUCACUGUCCCUCUUCAGACCGGUCGGUUCCGGACGAGGUCUUCCCAGUUGGCCGGGUUGAUCUGCAGGCGCUCCAAAGAGGUCUUCAGAGUGUUCUUGUAGCGCCGGACUUGGCCACCUUGUCGACGAGGGCCCCUGACGAUUUCUCCGUAGAAGAAUCGCUCAGGCAACCGCUCUUCGUCCAUCCGCACGAGGUAGCCACCCCAGCGCAAUUGCGAUUGUCUUAGCAUGGCUUACAUGUUGAGGAUUCCCGUCUCCUCCAGUGCAUUCGUGCCCGGGAUCCGGUCCUGCUACUUCAGCUUUAGUAUCCGUCGAAGAAAGUUGAGGUGAAAGUGGUUGAGUCUUCGCGCCUGCUUUUUGUACACCGUCCAGGUGUCCGCUCCAUACAGCAGCGUCGGCAGGAUGACCGCCUUGCGCAUCUUCAGGUUAGUGUUCAGAUGUAGACUGUGACGGUCCCAAACGGUGUUUUUUGCAGACAGCCGAAGGCUUGGCUGACUUUGGAAAUCCGGCGGCCUAUUCAUCGUCGGUCUUGGUGUUGCGGGAGAGGGUGCAGCCUAGGUAGGUGAAGAUGUUCACGGUUUGCUGUUGGGCGCCGUUGGUGUUUUUGUGAAGUGUAUUGCAGGCAGCGUUGAGUGGCGGCUGGUGCAUGACCACCGUUUUCUCCGUGUUGAUGAUCAGGCCGAGGUUGUCGCAGGCGGUGACGAAGAGGUCAAUGCUCCUUUGCAUGUCCACUUCCGUGGUUCCGUUGAGAAUUCAAUCAUUGGCGAAGAGAAGUUCGUGAACGGUAGUUAUGGACACACACGACUGAAAGUGCAUCCGCCGCUGAUUGAGGAGUUGGCCAUCUAUCCUACAAGCGACGCGGAUCCCGGGGCGUUUGUCACGGUAGGCGUCCACCAGUAUGGCAGAGAGCAUGAGACCGAAAAAGGUAGGCGCGAGGACGCUGUCCUGCUUCACUCCGUUGGUCACUGCGAAUGUCCCUGAGACGGUUUCAUUGUCCGUGACGCGUGCCGUCAUGCCAUCGUGAAACUGGCGCACCGUCUGAGUGAAUCGCUAAGGAUAGCCGAAUUUCUGCAUAAUUUUCCACAGUCCUGCGCGAUUCACCGUGUCGAGGGUUUUCGUCAUAUCCACGAAGGUAGAGUGCAGGUAGAUCCGCAUCUCCUGACACUUCCCCUGCAGUUGGCGGACAGCGAGGCUCAUGUCGGUGGUUUCACGAUGACUGCGGAAGUCGCACUGGCUUUCCGACACCAGACCCUAUUCCAGGUGGCUGUUGAGACGGUUGAGAAGGAUGCGAGCAAAGACCUUUCCGGUGAUGUUGAACAGCGAGAUUCCUCUGUGGUUGUCGCAGAGUUGACGAUUCCCUUUCCCUUGUAUGAAUGGAAAAAUGUGGCCUGGAAAUCCUGA